UCGCCAUCACUUCCCCUCGGCUGCGUGGAUCAGCUCAGCCUAAAUGACCACAAACGGUUAACGGAUGGAUUAUAAGAUGGAUGGAUAUUUGGACCAGCAAGUGCCUUACCCUUUAGCAAAUAAGUCGCAAGGAAAUGGGCCCCUAAAUAGACUGUUGAUGGCAGCAAAAAGGAAAUUCAUGGACACAGAAUUACCCCCUCAGGAAUCUGAAGACCUCUUCCAAGAUUUAAGACAACUCCAAGAGACAUGGCUCACAGAAGCUCAGGUUCCAGACAGCGACGAGCAGUUUGUUCCUGAUUUCCAUUCUGAGAACUCAGUGGCGUUUCAUAGUCCUCCAGUCACUAUCAAGAAGGAACCACAGAGUCCAGGAUCUGACCCCAGCCAGUCCUGUAGCCACAAACAAAACUUCAACUACCCCAGUGGAGAGCAGUGCCUUUAUGCCAGUGCCUAUGAGCAAAAGAGGGCUGCAGGAGGAGCAAAGAGCUCCUGCCCAGGGCCCCCCAUGUCUCCUAUGCAGCAGCAUUACUCCCCAAACCCUGCAGCAGCUGGACGGCCAGACGCCGGCUACCUGAACCCAGCUGCCACCUCCCAACCCUUCCCCAGCAACAGUUACCAUAUCAACACCAGUUCCAGGUUUCAGGGCCCUGCAGCGGAUCCCAUGUGUCCCCAGUUCCCUCCAGCAGGGCAGACCUUCCAGAGGAUGCCUUCUGCUCCAGCCGGACAUGGCAGCAGCCGUGAGGGUAACGGAGCUGGAGGAGGGGGAGGUGGAGGUCCAGGGGGUGGAGGUGAAGGUGGGUGUGGGGGUUUUCAUCGGCAGCACUCUGACCCCUGCAUGCCCUACCUGCAGCAGAGCUUUAAGCAGGAAUACCUGGACCCGCUGUAUGAGCGGGCAGCUCGUAUGGGGGGUCCGGGGCAUGGACAUGGUCAUGGACCUCAACCCCACCCUCACCCGCAUCCACACUCACAUCCACACCGGUUCCCACCAGCCCACAUGAUGGUCAAACAGGAGCCCACAGACUACACCUAUGAACCUGAUGUGCCUGGUUGUCCCUCAAUGUACCACCACAACGAGGGCUUCCCAAACCCACAACACAGCAAUGAAGGCUAUCUGUUUGAAAACGACUCCCGCGUUGUUCCAGAGAAGUUUGAAGGUGAGGUCAAGCAGGAAGGAAGUGGUGUUUUUCGCGAGAGCACGCCUUACCAGCGCCGAGGCUCCUUGCAGCUCUGGCAGUUCCUGGUGGCCCUUCUGGACGACCCAGGCAAUGCCCACUUCAUCGCCUGGACUGGCCGUGGCAUGGAGUUCAAACUCAUUGAACCUGAAGAGGUUGCCAGACUGUGGGGCAUGCAGAAGAACCGUCCAGCCAUGAACUAUGACAAGCUGAGUCGCUCUCUGCGCUAUUACUACGAGAAGGGAAUUAUGCAAAAGGUGGCAGGGGAGCGCUAUGUUUACAAGUUUGUGUGCGAGCCCGAGGCUCUUAUCUCCCUGGCCUUCCCCGACAAUCAGCGACCCAGCCUGAAGGCCGAGUUUGAGCGUUAUGUCAACGAAGAGGACACGGUGCCCCUUUCACAUCUGGACGAGGGAGUGCCUUACACCCCGGAACAGCUUCCCCAAAACAUGGGCCCCCAGCCCUACUCCAAAGGCUACAUGUACUAAAGCCAGCCUCCAGCCUCCCCUCUACACCCACCAUCAGAUUCCCUCCUGUUGAACCAGCCCACCAUCUAUCAUCUUCAUCAUCAUCGUACACAUCCUGAGACCCCAGCACCUCUUGCACAUGCCCACCCCUUCCUCUUGUAUAUAAGGCUAUGGUGUUUUUGUUUUAAAUUAAAUCUCAUUAGGGAUUUUUGUUUUUGUUUUUAAGAGCUGCAUUCCUCUCACAUCUGAGGCCUAUUCAAUAACUAUGACUUGGUUGAAGAGAUUGCUUAAUAAUAAAUACCCAUAAUAUUACCCUCCAA